AUGCCUACCGUGGUGUCAAACCAAGAUACCUAUCAUGUAUCUGAUCAUCGCCGACAGUCGUCGCGGUCGCAGAUAAACCUCGCCGAUCUCAACAGAAACUCCCCGUCGCAGAUUCAAUCACCUAACCGGUCCCUGGUUUUUCUCCCUUCGACCACGUAUACACAACCGCAGCCUGCUACCCAGCGUUCACGAACUCCCUCUUCGCCCUCAGCCUCGAACCUCAACGUUACCUCCGACCCUGCUCGGGGCGAAGACCCUUCCGUCGACCCGCACGAGUUCUACAGACAGUACCAGGAACCUUUCUCGGGUGCAUCCCCGGCUGCCCUACAUCAAGCAGCCUUUCGGACCACGACUUAUGAUACUGGAGAAGGGCGGGCUGCUAACGGGCGAAAGUCCAGCUUCGCUUCUAGUCAGGCAAACGAUGGCACAUCAACGCGCCCUGGCAGGUCCUCCGUGACUUCGCGCAAACUAUCUCUGAAUACUCAGCAUCUGGCGAAUGGAACCUGGAAUAGCGAUCACACAAAGUCUUCUCCAGCGGCACCAAAUCCUUCCAGAUCGAGGAAGGCAUCUUUCAAGGACCUCGUAGCGCGCUUCGAUGCAUCGCCGGAAGAAGUCCCACCCUUGCCCAUCCAGCAAAUCCCCCGUCCCGUUUCAAGAACUGCAAGUCCUUUACCAUAUGCGUCCAAAGGAGCAGCGGACCUUCAUUCAAGCGGCCUUCCGCAACCUGCGAGACCGAGACCGGGGAUGUACGAUUCUAGAGGAACUAGGAAUGCAGCCGCUGCAGAAACCAGAGUUUUGAGCAACGACAACGGCCAACGCGGCGCUGGAAGCUCUCCUGGUCGCUUGACACAGGUCGUUAGUAAUCCGGAAGUGCAAGAAGGUGGCCGCAAACUACUCUUUGGGGAAGUUGUCCCCACACAGUCUACCUUGCCUGCUGCAGGCUAUGGUAUAUUUAAUCCCCGUCGCAGACGUGGUUCAGAGGGAUCUCCCAUGCACAGUCCGAAUCCCAUGUUUUCUUCAAUGCGGGGCCCUCCAAUCCAAGAAGAGUCCAAACCAUCUGCCAGCUUGCACUGGCAACCUCUCGGACAGUCUCAUGCUGGGCUUCCAUCAAUGCCACGCGAUUCUGGGCAGAAACAUCGACGAGCCAACAGCGAUUUCGCAGGGGCGCCGUCCAAAGCUCUUCACCAUGGGGGUCAAACUCAAUAUCCAGAAAGCAUUACUGGCGCAAACCAGAUACCCUAUCUGCUGGAGCCUUCAGCAAGAUCAUCCGGACAAUCACGAAUUCCAGUGAGUACACGACAUCACCGUAUGGCUUCCGAUUCGGUUGCCAACUCGCCUACUGAUUGCCUCCCUCUCUCCUCCCAACUUCCGUUACGCUUGCACGAAUCCGGACAAUCAUUACCGAAUCAUUCACCCUCAGGAGACCGCAAACCUGCUAGCCCCCGGCGUAGACCUCGCUCUCCCGUGAAGAUUAAAAGUCCAGGGAAGCAAGGCCGAGGGCCCCGUACCGCUACUGGGGAGAAAAGCCCUUCGCUCCGAGCAAACAUAAUCGCCCCUCCACCAAAGGUUUCGCCACCUUUGAGAAGCUCGAGGCCGCGAUUGCCAGUCUCUGCUGCCACCACUGCAGCAUCUCGUGCUAAGAUGGCCGAGAAAUUUGAAACGAUGGCGAAGCAACAAAAUGAAAAGAAAUCUCUCGGACGUAGAAGGCCACCGGAACUUACCGAUAUCGAUUUGAAAGCUCGACGGUUGAGAAUUACUCAAGCGUUGAGUAGGUCAAGAGAAGGGCAAGAACUUGAAAACGAAAGACACGGACUUCGUAGUAGCUCAGCUAACCAAACGAACAGCACAACUGCUUCUACUGAAGAAUCUGACAAAAUCAACCAGAAGAUUAUGGGACGAGAUGAGAUUCCGGCCGUGAUAGUGGACGAACCAAUCAUGGACACAUCUGAUGAGCGUGCAUUUUAUACCUCUGGGCACGAGCUUACACAAGACCAGCGAGCUUUCACCCUCAACGCUUUGAAAGUUGUCGAAAGCAGCACUCCGCACCCUGGUGAAGAGAUGGACUCUCCCACCCUUGGUCGCCCCGAAGCAUCCUUCAGUGACAUACCGUUUACGCUGAACACGCAUUUACUGCCUGCACAAUCCGAUCAAGAUCCUUACUCUGCUGCCGGUACCGAGAAGACUGACGCUACUGAAGCGACUAUGACUGACAUGGAGCCCGAACAUGACGAGACACAACUCCAGACUCGAGGCCAGUCGUUACUUAAUCAGAUAAGGGCUCUUCGAAGUCAGGGCUCGGACUCUCCCAUAUCCUCGACCUCGCAGGUCUCUCGUCUUCAUUCUGAUCAUGCUGAUGAGGUAUCUGUCCGCCUCAUGCUUCGAGAGACGACUUAUCUUGAUGACGAAGAGGCCGUUGAAAAAGGCUAUCGACCGUUUGUCCCCCCGCUUGACUCUGGGUCGAUGCGUCCUGGCAGCAAUGGAAGAAGCUCGUGGACUUCCUCAAUAGAAAACCACCGCGAAUCGGAGAUUGACGAAACAAUCGCAGCUGACGGCGAUCCAACGGUUUCGCUAGGUCGAGGAGAGGAAAUUAUGGAGGUGGAAUCCGAUUGCUUGUCUGACGGCUCCGGCGGCGAGGAUGACUCCGACGGGGGCGUUGAGUCGAAUGACACUUACACGAUUGUGAAUAUCGUUCUACAGCAACAGACGCCUUCCGGAGUUGUGGACCAACAGCUUGUGGAUAGCAUCUACCAUCGUAUUAUCCAGAUCUCCCCGGACCUAGCCGAUGCGGAGCGUGUUGAUGAGGGGAAAGUCAAACGCUUAUGUCUACAAGAGCUUGAAGAAUACAGCAGUCACUGGGAACAGGCUGAGAAUUCUCGCCCUCAGUCAGAGCAGUAUCUUCACUCCGAGUCACUCGAGGGAGUCCAACGUGACAUGCCCGGUGGGAAUAGUGACAAUUCUAACAACCUGCCUGAGGAUUCGGCUCUCCAUUAUGCGCCCUUUCAUCCCCCGCCCACGCAACGAAAUCAUCGAACCCACAGGUAUAAGCCCAGCUUGGACAGCGCAGAGGACUGGGCGGAGACCUCACCGUCAGUUGGGGACUGGCUACAGUUUGGUUUGCACUCACCGUUAGACGCUCGGUCGCAACGGGAGCCCUCUUCGUUGGCUCGAGAUGCGCCUGAGACCGGGACACUGGCAGCAAAAGAGGCGCUCUCCGAUCUAGGUUACGAAGAGACCAACUAUGUCGAUCUAAACAGAGGCACCCUGGCGGCAGAGGCGGACAUUGGUAUUCCACGACCCCCGUCCCACUCUCCACCACCGCCUCCAGUUACCAAAAUGCCAUCGAUCGAUCAGAUCUCCAGGUCUAGUUUGACCGGCAUCAAGCCAUCGAUGUCGCCGGCAGUCCCAGUUCCAAGACCCUUUACUGCAAUGUCACAAAUAUCUGCGAGAUCGAGCGUAGAACAUCAAAUGAUGCCAUCCAGCUCCAGCGCUACGAGGCCUUCUGUGGAAGAACAGACUGCUGAACAACGCCGUUUGACCAAGAGGAGGCAUGUGCUCAAAGAAUUGGUCGAUACAGAAUAUACCUACGAGAGAGACAUGCGAGUGUUGUGCGACAUUUACAAACAGACCGCCGUGGUGGCCAUCAGUGAUGAAGACAGCAAGAUCCUCUUUGGCAAUGUUGAGUCCGUGCAACAAUUUUCGAAAGAUUUUCUGGGACUUCUGAAACAAGUGGUGAGACCAGCCUACGUGAUGGAGAGAACUGAUCGCCGGAAAGAAACUAAUCGAGCCUCUACAUUACAAAGCUCGGCCACCUCGAUCGACAGUGUGGCAGACAUGACUGAUGCCGAAAAGGAUGAGCUCACCAGAGUUGGCCAGGCAUUUGAAGCCUCGAUAAGUGAUAUGGAGAAAGUAUACACUGAAUACAUUCGGACACGACAUGCGGCAAAUAAAAGAUUGGAAGCUCUGCAGUCAGCAUCUGCUGUCAAAGAAUGGCUCAAGGAAUGCAGCGAAAAUUCAACCGAUAUCACCAACGCUUGGAGCUUGGAUGCACUACUGGUUAAGCCGAUUCAACGGAUCACGAAAUAUCCUUUGUUGCUGAACCAGCUCCUAGAGGCGACCCCCAAUACACACCCGGAUGCCAUCUUUCUUCGCAGAGCAGCAGAAGAUGUCACUGAGAUUAAUGUGCGCAUUAAUGAGGUCAAAAAGCACACCGAGCUGGUCGACCAGGUUCUUAACAGGAAGCGGAAAGACUCGGACGUGCGAAACGGCUUCACAAAGGCAUUUGGUCGCCGUGCAGAAAAGUUGAGACAACAUGUGGGUAUCAAUGAAAUGUAUGAGGACGCAGAGUACACCAAGCUGAAAAUCUGCUAUGAUAACAACAUUGCUCAUCUUUUUUUGGUGGCGAGAGAUUGUCAGGGAUACCUUGAUGCCAUCAAACAGUGGGUCGUUCACAUGUGCGACCUUGCUGCUGCUGCGGAAGCAUGGGUUGAUGUUGGGCAUACCAGCCACUCCCAAGCUGAGAGCAGGCUCCGCCAGUUUGCCAUCGUGAUUCGUGGGAUCACCUCGAUUGCCCUUCCAGAUCACGUCGACCAGGUGACGAGGCGGAUACUGGAGCCAAUGGGGGAGACGACCGCAAUGUUGGCGAAGUUCAAGAACGAUACCAAGGGGUUGGUCCAGAAACGGGACAAGAGGCUGCUCGACUAUAACCAGUUCAAGAACAAGAGGGAUCGAGGCGAAAAGCUCGAUAAGAAGAUGACAGAGCGCAUGGAGCAAUGGGAGGCCCUAAAUCUGGAAGCGAAAGAGAGAAUGAGACGCCUCCUCAAGUCUACGGGAGAACUAGCGAAGUCGUGCCUGGCAAUUCUUCUUGAGCUUCACCUCAGUUGGUUGGAAAUGUGCAGACAGAAGUUUUCGGCCUUGAUGGAUGUUCCGCUGGACAAAUUGGACAGAGCCGAUAUUGUCAAGGACUGGCAGGAGGAUUUCGAUUACCAUGAGGCUGCGGCCUUGACUUUGAGCAUCUGCAAUGGCUCGUUGCUAGCCGAGGCUGUCAACAUGGUGUCAUUCCUGACCCCAGGAUCAACUCUGGCUAGUGAGGACUCCCCACGACAGCCUUCUUGGAACAGUGUGACCAAGCGGUCGGUUUCAGCAAACGAAGAAGGACCCCAGCUCUCAAUGGCAGAUCAAUAUUAUCGGAACAGCGGAGGGCCGCUCAGCUCCCAGAACGACGAUCCAAGUGAGCGAAGCUCCUUCACUUUUGUCAAUAGUCGAAUUCGUGCGACGUCGGCGACUUCAGGAAGGAUACCCAAGACUCCAGAGACCGGCAGCCGGGGACCGGCUGCCUCAAUCCACACUGUCAACAGCGCAAACGUCUCUCGACCUGGUACUAGCCCGGGCCAGAUAGAAGAAACCCGCCAUUCAACUCCUCGACUGAGCCUGGAAGCGCCCUCCCCUUCAAUUGGUCCUCUAGUCGUCGAGUCGCCGAUGCGAGUCAAACACGCCUCCACCUCUACGUUCUACUCAGCAGCCCCUGAACCAAAUCAGUCGCAGUCUAGCCUGCACGCCAUGAGUGGAGCGAGCACUUUCUCGCCCGCUAUGCCGAGAGGUCAGGAUGGUGAGGAAGGGGAGGAAUCUGAGACCGCUGAGGCACAUCCAGAACCGGGGGUCUUGUUCACUGCAGCCAGCGUUUAUGAAUUCAAUAUUGACCGAUCGAGGCAACAAGGCGGGUUCCGGUAUCUGACUUAUGUUGCUGGGGAGAUAUUCGACGUGAUAGCCGAGCAGGGGGAACUCUGGCUAGCCAUCAAUCAAGAUGACCCGACCAGAGAGAUCGGCUGGAUUUGGAACAAACAUUUUACGAAACUGACAGACUGA